UGUGCGUUUUUUAUUAAUAUACCAAUAGCUAUUAAAUUACAAGCAAACAAAACCAUUACUUGAUAGAUUGUCGAUUGGCAUCAAAUAACCGAAUGACGGCCAAAAGUAUCAAAUAAACGAAAUAAAAAAUGGUUGUCUGCUAUGCGAAAUCAAAGUGUCAAAGUAAUGUCAAAAUAAAACAGAUCCCAAAGCUGGAACUAUAAUUAAUUAAUUAUUACGGAAAGGAGGAUAGUAAAAAAAAUAGGUAGCACCCAAAAGUUAAUUAAACUUUGAAAACGAUGAUCAGUGGUUUACAGAUUGCUUUGAAAAAUGCCAUUGACGUGAUAGCACCUCCUGCAACGCCACUGCAAGACUUUACUUAUCACUGGAAGCAGUUGAUGAACUUUUACGUCAAUCACUUAAGCGACUCGAAAGUACUCGUCGAAACUACCGGUAUACCCAGGCACUUGGAGUGUUUACUAGACCUACUUCUAGAAGAAGAGAAACAUGGAGAUGAGCCAGGCCCUUGUCUGGAGUACCUCCUUCAGCACAGGUUACUGGACCUACUGGCCAGUCUGGCCUGCGCCGAAACCCCACCUGGAAUGCGGCUCGUCUGCCUGUCCUACUUGAGAAGAUUACUCACCAGGUCUAAGCACCCACUGUUACACCACGCUGCCGUCUACGGACCCGUCCAGAGGCUCAUUGCCAUGUGCAACGGCAACCUGGCCUCGCCAAUCGAGCACGAGGAGAUACAGUUUCUCCUGUGCCUCUGUUUUUUAGUUUGCAAGUAUCCCCACGUGACGAACAUCGUCAACGACUCCAGCAACGUCAACCACGAAAACGAGAUCCUGAGCUGCGACCUCGGGAAAAACGAGAUCGAGAAGAUCACCUACAUUCCAACCGGGAAAACGAGGAACAAUCCACUCUUCAAACCCCUGGACACGCAAGCCAUCACUCUUGUGAAUCCCGACUUGUUCAAAUCCAAAUCUUUCUACAGAUCGGUCCACAAAGAUACGACUGACAAAUCCAGCUCUCAUUCGGCAGAGUCUCGAGGGGGAGGGAAAAAGCCGGCCAAUCACACGCGCAACGAGUCCACGAGGUCGGACUCGUCGACCCAGUCGAGCGGCUCGUCGAUGAGGGAUGCCGAGGCUACGUCACGAUCCUCGAGUCCCUACGCGCGCAAGCCAAACGACGACAAUCUAAACUCCAGAGCCAGCGACGAUGCACAAGAAUCCUCGGUCUACGAUCCCGUGAUAGCCGUGCUCGAUGACCUCAAGUACCUGGGACUGGACGAGGAGUGCGCGUCGAGCAACAGCGACAACAAAUCCAGGACUAGCAAACACGACAUAACGCUCAGCCCCGGGAGUCCCGAGCACUCCAAGUGCUUGCUCCUGGAUUCGCUCAAGAGUUACGUCAACAGUGCGGAUAACACGAUAAGGAUACGAGCGUGCGAGGGAAUAAUGGUCCUGGCCUCGCUCGACGAUCCAUUCUUUGCCGAAAUAGUCGCCAAGAGCGAUCUGUCUCUCGUCCUGGCGAGGCGCCUGGAAGUACUCUUCAACAUGAUCCCGGCACACGUCGAGCCCACCGAAGUCGAGGAGAUCGAGGUCACCUGGGGCCUGGACUCCCCUCCGCUCUCGAACGAAAAAAAGUUCCCCGGCUGCCGCAGGGUGGCCGCGUUCUUGAUGUGGCUGGACUUUUGCGCCCAGUUGUCCAGGGAAGCCCAUCCGGACGUGGCCGAGGUCCUAGCUCGAACCAUCAGGGUGUCCUUCUUCGAAAAAGUCCUGACCCCCGCGCUCUCGGCUCAUCAUGCGGUUCUUAUAACGGCCCUCAUUACCAAGUGCCUCAAGGACAUUCCACCCUCGACGCUCAGUGUUGAGUUGGCCCGAUGGCUGGUGGGCCAGCAGAGGGACCCUGACAUUCCGGGAGUGUGGGGCAGUCCGGUCGAGCACAGGUUGAUAAAAAACUGCUGCACCGAGAGCGACGAUCUGACCGUGGAGACUCUAAAGUUGUUCGAGGAGAUGAUCGAGAAAAGGGACGAGCACGUCCUGCACUGUCUGGUCCUGACGUACCUGAGCGCGCGAGGGUACUACGACAACAGCGCGGCUGAUAGCGCGAUAGCCUCCUGGAGCGACGAGGAGGACGAGAGGGAGCGGGAGAAAAAAGGCGCGACUGACACCUUGCGGGGGGGCAUGAGCCACCAAUCCAGCAGGACCCUGGCGCCCAGCAAUAUUCACAGGAUACUCAACUGUUUUCUGUCGCUGCUGCCGCGUCAGUUGCAAACGACGCCGGAUAACAAUUACGGGAGGUACAUGGGCGACUGGGAAAAACAGUACUCGGCCGUUUUGAAAAACUGCGCUCUUCUUGCCUGGCCUCUAGAGGCCGUCACGACCGACGACUCGGCGAGCUCGGACUCGCGACCAGAGACCGAUGGUCCCUCGAGUCGAUUCUACCCGGGACCCUUUUUGACAAUGCUCCUCGAGAAAGUCGGCAACAUUCCGAAACAAAAGUACGAAACGAAUCUCCAUCUCACGAUACUCAUAACGAAGCUGGCGCUCCUGCCCCAUCCGUAUCUACACGAGUAUUUGUUGAAUCCGUUGAUUCCCCUGAUGCCCGGCAAGAAGAGCUUGUUCAUUUGUUUGCAGAGGGUCGCCAAGUACCUGAUGAACGAAGUUCUUAAGUUACCCAACUACAAGCAGCUCCUCAAAGAAGCUAGGACAAGGAUAUUUGAGGAUUCCAGCUCGCAAGACGUCACCUCGAUGACGGAUGGUUGCUGUGAAAAGCCGAAGGAGGAGGAGGAUAUUCUGCUCGAAAGCGUGAUAAUCGUCGAGGAGUUUUGCAAGGAGUUGGCCGCGAUCGCGUACGUCAAGUACCAUCAUUCCAUGUAACAGAAUAAUUGAAUGAAAGUGUGGAGAAGGAGAGUCAGAGAAGUGAUCUCGUAGCUACAUGUACAUAAUAUUAUAAGAUUUACACUUUACAUAGAAGUACUUAAUUAAGCAAUUAAACGAUAGCAUACAUUUUUGCCCCAUUUUUUUUUUUUUUUUUUUUCGUAAAGGCGUAUAGCCCAAUAAGAGUUUACCAAAACUAUGUUGUGCCACUAAGUAUAUACUUAGCAAAGUACCUAUACCAUCGCCUGUUUUUAAUUACAUGAAGCUGACGAGUAUUUGCUGUGAUCUUACCAGUUUGUAUUACAAGAAACGACAGUCAGGGGGGAAAAGAAUGUAUUUUUUUUUGUUUUCGUACGACAAAAAUUGUACAUAAACAUAUUAUACAUGUAUAAAACGAUGGAUGAUUUUCGUACAAAAAGAAACUUCUGUAAUUUUUAACAGACAGUUUUCAUGCACAAUCACACUAGCUGUUAAUAAAG